CGCUUUUUAACUUUCUGUCUGCAGUCUUGUCUGCAGCCUCGAUCGACGAAGAAAUCCAUCGUGUGUUUUCGUACUUAUUGAUAAUCUUUCGCAUAAUGAAGAAAUAUUUGUUGAUCUCGUUGGCUUCGCUGAUGAUUCUGGUUGUUGCCACUGAAAAAUAUACCGGAAAAUACGAUGACGUAGAUGUGGAUAAGAUUCUUCAAAAUAAUCGUGUUCUCAAUAAUUACAUCCGGUGUUUGUUGGACGAAGGACCCUGCACUGCCGAAGGUCGCGAAUUAAGAAAGACUUUACCGGAUGCUUUAUCGAGCAGUUGCAGCAAGUGCAAUGAUAAACAAAAGGCUACGGCAGAAAAAGUGAUAAAUCAUCUCAAAACAAAACGAUCCAAGGAUUGGGAUCGUCUUAUUGCCAAAUACGAUCCUCGUGGCGAAUAUAAAAAACGUUAUGAGCAAUUGUAGUUCUUUUUAUACAAAUAUUUUAUAAUUAUAAUAUUAUAAUAUUACAUUUUUAUAUAGAGAGGUCACGUAGUUAUUGUAAAAAAUAUUAGUUAUUCAAAAAA